GGGCUCGGGAUGACGCCACCUCUCUCGCUCCGCCCCGACGCAAACUCGCUCUUUGCGUUCAUUUCAUUCCUCCUCUCAUUCCGAGCAUUCUUUGCAUCUCUGUCAGUGAGCGAAGCGAUGCGCCUACAACAUCUUCCUUGCCGACUCAGAAACACCAGAAUAACUUGACACUGUAUUGUAAAUUCCCAGUAACACCACAUGAGCUUAAAAAGUGGAUGUUUGAUAUGAAUUAUCAAUAACGAGUUAGCCCAGCCUGCAGUUGUUGGGGGAUUUCUCCGGAGCUUUUUCGGACCACCUCGACGGAAAACACCGGAGAGACUUGUUGCUUCGCCACUUUGGACUUUGAGUGUUUCGGUCGCCAUCGAAGUUUGUUGUCUCUCCCUAGUCUGCUCCUGGCAUCAGCUUGGAGAGCCCAACCGACAAAAUUGAUCCCAGCAGCUGGAGCGGUAGCGAGAGUCCUGCCGAGGACAUGGAGAGGAUGAGCGACUCGGCAGACAAGCCCGUGGACAAUGAUGCAGAAGGGGUGUGGAGUCCUGACAUUGAACAGAGCUUCCAGGAGGCCUUGGCCAUCUACCCUCCCUGUGGACGUCGGAAGAUCAUACUGUCAGAUGAGGGGAAAAUGUAUGGUCGCAAUGAGCUGAUUGCCAGAUACAUCAAGCUUCGGACUGGGAAGACGAGGACUCGCAAGCAGGUGUCUAGUCACAUACAGGUCUUAGCAAGAAAGAAAGUUCGAGAAAUCCAAGCUGCCAUUAAGGUGUCUAGUCACAUUCAGGUUCUUGCCAGAAGAAAAUCUCGAGAGUUUCAUUCCAAGCUAAAGGUCACAAGUAUGGACCAAGCCGUGAAGGACAAAGCCCUCCAGAGCAUGGCCUCCAUGUCGUCAGCUCAGAUCGUCUCUGCCACGGCUAUUCACAACAAGCUAGGCCUGCCAGGCAUCCCUCAUCCAGCCUUCCCUGGAGCAGGGAUAUGGCAGGGGAUGAUAUCAACAAGUCAGCCAGGAUCCUCACACGACAUCAAACCUUUCACCCAGCAAUCCUAUCCCAUGCCGCCUGCAGUCACAAAUGCUAUUUCAAGCUAUCAGCCCACGGACACUCCCGCUCCGACAGCACCGGCAUGGCAGGGUCGCUCUGUCGGUACCACCAAACUGCGACUAGUAGAGUUUGCUGCAUUCCUGGAGCAAAAGAGAGACCCAGACUCGUACAACAAGCAUCUCUUUGUGCAUAUCGGGCAGACAAAUCAUUCCUACAGCGAUGCCCUGCUGGAAUCGGUGGACAUUCGUCAGAUUUAUGACAAAUUCCCAGAAAAGAAAGGCGGGCUGAAGGAGCUGUACGGAAAGGGCCCCCAAAACUCCUUCUUCCUUAUAAAGUUCUGGGCUGACCUCAACUGCAACAUUCAGGACGAGAAUAGCUCUUUCUACGGCGUAACUAGUCAGUAUGAGAGCUCAGAGAACAUGACCAUCACAUGCUCCACUAAAGUGUGCUCCUUUGGCAAGCAGGUGGUCGAGAAAGUGGAGACUGAAUACGCGCGGUUUGAGAAUGGACGAUUUGUUUACAGGAUAAGCAGAUCUCCAAUGUGUGAAUACAUGAUCAACUUCAUCCAUAAGCUAAAGCACCUGCCUGAGAAGUACAUGAUGAACAGUGUGCUAGAGAACUUCACUAUCUUAUUGGUGGUGACGAACAGGGACACCCAGGAGACGCUGCUUUGUAUGGCGUGUGUGUUUGAGGUGUCCAACAGCGAGCACGGCGCCCAGCAUCAUAUCUACAGACUGCAGCGUUGGGGACCGCAGAGGGAGAACUGAAAAGUUGGAGAGGAGAGCUGAAAAGCUGGAGAAGGAGAGAGAGGGAAAAGAAGAGACUUUAAACAAAAAUAAACAUAUUGUAAACCUGGCAACCACACCUGGCUCCAAGUCUAUCGGUCCUAAAAGAACCCCACGACACGAGUCGUUCACAACCGUAUUUUCCGCACUAUAAGGCGCACCGGAUUAUAAGGUGCACCUUCAAUAAAUGGCCCAUUUUAAAACUUUGUUCAUAUAUAAGGCGCACCGCAUUAUAAGGCGCAUAGAAUAGACGCUACAGUAGAGGCUGGGGUUACGUUAUGCAUCCAUUAGAUGGAGCUGCGCUAAAGGGAAUGUCAACAAAACAAAUAGUGAUUGUACUGACACUUCUAGUUGCUGCUCUCUGUUCAACAACUCACUGUUCGAGUUUGUCCUCCAACUGUAGCCAUCUCGCUUUGUUCCCUCGGAAACUCUGUUUAGUCUUCUUUACUUGGCGCAGGUCAUCAUGUUGCUUCCGCCACUUCCGCACCAUUGAUUCGUUAAUGUUAAAUUUUCUCGCUGCUGCUCUAUUCCCGUGUUCUACAUCGUGACUGAUCGCCUUGACUUUAAACUCUGCGUUGUAUGUGUGUCUCUUAAUAGGAGCCAUUUUUGGGUCUUUACAUAAAGUUUAGGUCUCGCAACUACGGUAAGCAGCCGCCGACUUCAUUUUACCGUAUAUACCAUAUAUAUAUAUCAUACCGUUGCGAGACCUGUUGUGGCUCAAUAUUGGUCCAUAUAUAAGGUGCAUCGGGUUAUAAGGCGCACUGUCAGCUUUUGAGGAAAUUGGAGGUUUUUAGGUGCGCCUUAUAGUGCGGAAAAUACGGUGUAUAUACAGUAUAUAUGGAUAUAUAUGUAUAUGUAUGUGUAUACUGUAUAUACAUACAUACCAUAUUUUUCGGAUUAUAAACCGCAGUUUUUUUCAUAGUUUGGUCGUGGGUGCGACAUAUACUCCGGAGCGACUUAUGUGUGAAAUUAUUAACACAUUACCGUAAAAUAUCAAAUAAUAUUAUGUAUCUCAUUCGCGUAAAAGACGAAGCAAAUAGCAGCAAUCGUCACACACACGUUAGCAAUCGUCACUCACACGUCAACCAAUAAGAAUUCGGCGGGGGAGGGUCAUUGCAGAAGUGCAUUGUGGGUCAUGGAAUGCUAACUGCUAUAUGCUAUAUGCUACUGCCGUAGCUAUUAAUAUGGAUCACAUCAACAUUGGCGGUAACUUAUAAAAACUGAGAAGGGCUGAACAAAAAUGGCACCAAAAAGGAAAUCAUAUACUGCAGAUUACAAGCUGGACGUAGUGAAAUAUACAGCAGAGAACGGCAAUCGAGCAGCAGAAAGAAAGGACAUACCAGAGGCGACACCGGGGAGGAAGAUUUCAUCGGAUUUAGUGAUCGGGAGUGACAGAUUGUUUGGUAAAUGUAUAGCAUGUUCUAUAUGUUAUAGUUAUUUGAAUGUCUGUUACCAUAAUAUGUUACGUUAACAUACCAGGCACGUUCUCAGUUGGUUAUUUAUGCGUCAUAUAACGUACACUUAUUCAGCCUGUUGUUCACUAUUCUUUAUUUAUUUUAAAUUGCCUUUCAAAUGUCUAUUCUUGGUGUUGGAUUUUAUCAAAUAUAUUCCCCCAAAAAUGCGACUUAUACUCCAGUGUGAAGUAUAUAUGUUUUUUUCCUUCUUUAUUGUACAUUUUCGGCCGGUGCGACGUAUACUCCGGAGCGAUUUAUAGUCCUAAAAA